AUGCGCCCAGAGCCACAUCCCUGGAGCUGCAUCCUGCAGGCCAGGAGCCACAUCCCGCUGCCUGCCACCUUGGGCGAGGGGGGACACAGCUGCCCGUGCCCCCCAGUUGACUCGUUCGGUCAAGGCAGGAAUGGAAUCCCACGGAAUGACUGCGCGGAGCCGCCCCGCGUCCCAGGGGGUGACGGCGGCGCCCGGACACGGAACCGUCACUGCCCCGCGCUCCCGCGGCGCCAAACGGCUCCGGAGAAUCCGGGGCCUCCAGCCCCCGCCGCAGCCCCAGAGCCGAAGCCGCGUCCCGCUCGGCUGCAUCCCAGCACGGCUCCAUCCCGCUCCAACGGCCGGUGGCUCCGGGAAGGCAGCAGCCCCACCAGGCGCGCACGAGGGUUCCAAGGGACCUGGCCGGCCUGCAAGGGACACGCGGAGCUUUUGUCACCGCGGGCUGCGCCUCGGACACCCGUCACUCGAGUCACCGCACGGAGCCGCCCGCUCAUGCAAAGCGCGGGGAAGCAUCCCGGGAAGCUCCGCGCGGCGUUCCGGCAGGACCGCUCCGCUCAGUCGCUCGGCCUGUUCGCCAAGUCGGCGCCGACUCCGCACCCAAAUCGAGCAGAACCCCCCAUCGCUCCCGUUUGCUGCGAGCAGGGACGCGGCCCCAGGAGUUGCUGGAGCGGCCGUGGGACAGAGACCCGGCAGACGGAUGCAAAUCCCGGGAAUGCCAGCGCUUCCCGGGCGCAUGGACGCAGCUCCCCGCCGCUCGGCACCUCCCGCAAGGGCUUUUCAGGAGCAGGAGGAGGGAAGAAGAAUUCCCUCUGGCUCGUGGAGCCGCUGGCCGGGCUGGGGGCGACUCCGAGGGCGACCGCCCGGGGCCUCGCGCCAGAGGCACCUCCCAGGCACCGGGACACCAGGAAGACUCCCCCAAGCCUCCAGGCCCGUGGAAUGUUGGGUUCGUUUUUGCCUCGGAAUCUCCCACGGGGCUGA